CGGCGGGCACCGAGUCACCAGGCACGACAGUGGGCACCGAGUCGUCUGGCAAGACUGCGGGCACCGAGUCGUCUGGCAAGACUGCGGGCACCGAGUCGUCUGGCAAGACUGCGUGCACCGAGUCGUCUGGCAAGACUGCGGGCAUCGAGUCAAACUGGCGGAACAACAGCGGCACCAUCGAGUCGUCUGGCAAGACUGCGGGCACCGAGUCAUCUGGCAAGACUGCGGGCACCGAGUCGUCUGGCGGAACAGCGGGCAUCGAGCAUCAGGCCGAGUAGAGGCUUCAGGCUGAGUAGAGGCUUCAGGCUGAAGAGAGGC